AUGAAGGCCAAGGGUAGACUGAAUGCGCCGUUUUCAUUGUCUCGCAAGAGUGACAACCCUUCAGUGUCAAUCCCAUUUACUGUGGCCCAUGAUCCUGCUUCCCUUAGGCGCCCGACAAACCUGUACUCCACGAGCUGUUGCAAUAUGGUUAAUAUAUGCGGUGUGUGGCUUUGGCUUGCUUUCGCGUGUAAAUACACGUUUGCUCAAAUACAAACUUUCACUCCUCUGGGUCAGAAUGCGAUCACAUAUAGCGUUAAUACCCCUCCGUCAACUUCCGCCUCUGGAUCGGGCCACAUUUUCAUCCAAACGAAAUCCACGCGCGAAGUCCGAUGGUUUGCAGUGGGCCAAGGGAUAGGCAUGCGAGGAACCAACAUUUUUGUCGUCUAUACAACGGGGAGAAAUAUAACCGUCUCUCCGCUGUUGGGAGCCCAGCACGUCGAGACUCUUUAUAACCUACGGGCCCGAAUCUCCGUCUUAAGUGGCAGUGGCAUCAAGAAUGUGGUCAUAACGGCUAAUAUCCGAUGCGACACCUGUAUUACCUGGCCCGGAGGAAAAGAAGAUGUGACCAGUCCAUCCAGCCCCUGGAUAUGGGCUGUAAAAUAUGGCCCCGUGCUGAACUCAACUAGUCCAUCCGCGGUUAUUUCUAUGCAUGAUGAUUUCGGUCUUGUGUCUGUCAACCUAAAGCAAGCAACUAGCGGCAGCUCCAAAAACCCAUUUCUAAAUUCAUCAGACAUGCCUACCUCUAGCUCCGCACAAGCCGCCUCAACCGUCAGCUCUCAAUCCACCAACAAGAAAAGAAUCACACAUGCAGUGAUUAUGAUCCUUGUCUUUGUUAUUCUAUUCCCGCUAUUCACUCUCGGAGUUCCUCUCUUCCGUUCCUCAAGGACCGUGCCUAUUCAUGCUUGCUUGCAGCUCUCGACCCUCGCCCUAAGGCGUAGGGGUCUAUACAACCUUAUCAAGCAGCGUAAGAGCGAUAUCUGUACUGUACAGAGGCCUUCUUAG